AUGUGCGCCUCCACCCUCUGCUGCAAGCUUGCCGAGAGUGGUCUAGGAUGGAAGCCAUCCGGUGGCGGUGAAACCUUCACUCUGGACAGCAGCAAUAUCGGUGCCGCGCAGUGGAGUCGCGCCGCCAAAGGAUUUGAACUGAAGAUCCUGUCGCGCUCAUCAGGAGUGAUUCAGCUGGAUGGUUUCGACCAAGAAGACUUUGAACGGCUGACCAAGGCCUUCAAAAUCUGGUACGGCAUCAACGUCGAGAACCGUGAACACGCCCUCCGAGGAUGGAACUGGGGUAAAGCCGAAUUCACCAAAGCCGAAUUGGCCUUCAACGUCCAGAACCGUCCUGCCUUCGAAAUCCCAUACUCCGAAAUCUCUAAUACAAACCUGGCAGGAAAGAACGAGGUGGCUGUGGAGUUCUCGCUCUCUGCAGCGGACGCGGGAGCCAAUGGCAAGCCCGCAGGAAGCACAGAGAACCGGGGCCGUAAGGCUGGUGCUGGUGCUGAUGAGCUGGUGGAGAUGCGCUUCUACAUUCCUGGUACGGCAGUGAAGAAGGAGAAGGCCGAGGAUGCCGAAGGAGACGACGAGGAGAACAAGGACGAAGAGACCGAGGAGCAGAAUGCGGCCAACCUAUUCUACGAGACACUCAUGGAAAAGGCCGAGAUUGGCGAUGUUGCUGGCGAUACCUUUGCUACCUUCUUGGAUGUUCUCCAUCUUACUCCCAGAGGUCGUUUCGAUAUCGAUAUGUACGAAGCGUCCUUCCGUCUUCGCGGAAAGACCUAUGACUACAAAAUCCAAUACUCCGCCAUCAAGAAGUUCUUCCUGCUCCCCAAGAACGAUGAUACCCAUACUCUUAUUGUGCUUGGUCUCGACCCCCCUCUGCGACAGGGUCAGACCCGCUACCCAUUCCUGGUGAUGCAGCUGAAGCUGGAUGAGGAGAUCAGCCUGGAGCUGAACAUGACUGAUGAACUUUUGCAAAACAACUACAAGGACAAGCUGCAAUCGCACUAUGAAGAGCCGAUUCACCAGGUCGUAACCAAGGUCUUCCGUGGUCUGUCUGGUAAGAAGGUGAUCAUGCCGUCCAAGGACUUCACUAGCCACCACGGCCACCAUGGGGUUAAAUGCUCCAUCAAAGCCAACGAGGGUCUAUUGUACUUCCUGGACAAGAGUCUUAUGUUCGUUCCGAAACCCGCCAGCUACAUCCAGCUGGAGAACGUCGCGGUUGUGACGAUGUCACGCGUGGGUGGAGCCAUUUCCGCCAGCCGCACCUUUGAUAUUACUGUGACCUUGAAGGCCGGUAUGGGUGAACACCAGUUCAGCAACAUCAACCGUGAGGAACAACAACCCCUGGAGGACUUCUUCAAGGCCAAGGGUAUCCGCCUCAAGAACGAGAUGACGGAAGACGCUUCGGGCCUGAUCGCUGCGACUCUCGACCAGGGCGAGUCCAGCGACGACGAGGGUGGUGACCGGGCCGAUCGUGGUUCGGCGGACGAAGACUCCGAGUCCCCUGAUGAGGACUUCGAUGCUUCCUCUGACUCGGAUGUGGCCGAGGAGUUUGAUUCUGCACACGAGAGUGAUGGCGACAGCGAUGAGGAAAUGGGCGAUGCGUCGGAUGGGGGCGGCGAUGACGAGGAUGAGGCCGCUCGGCCCAAGAAGAAGAGCAAGAAAUAG